AUGACAUUUCUUAUUGCAUUUUUUAUUGUAUCUUUAUUAUAUGCAAAAAAUUGUGACUAUAUUUGUGAUACCAAUGAUUGUAAAACAUCCAUAAAUUAUUCAAAUAAUUUGCCUGCAAUUAAAUUUUGUACAAAUAAAGAUAUUUCUACAGAUGUUAAUUUUUCAACAAUAGAUAAAAUUUCUAAAUUUCUUGGUAUCAUACAAAUUAAACUUAAACCACCAAAAAAUAUAUGUAAAUAUGAGCUUAUUUUAUUAGCAAAUGAAUCAAUUAAUGAAAAGAAAUGUAUGAAUUAUAAUUUUAAUAAUUCAUAUAAAAAUGAAAUACAUAGUAGAAAUAUUAUAUGUUUUGUUUCAAAUAAUAAGCAAUAUCAGAAUACUGGAAUACUUGUUCCAUAUGUAUUUACAGCAUGUUAUUCUGUUCAAUUUAAUUUUCAAGAUACAAAAAUGAUAAAAAUGAUAAAAAAUAAUAAAUUCUUAAGAACUAAUUAUGAAAGAAAAGAUAUAGAACCAAUAUUGCAAUGUACAUAUGAAUAUAUCGAACUUAAUAAUACAAACAAGUGGGUAUAUUUUGAUAUAUACUCUCCUAUACCCAUAAUUACAGUUCAGAUAAAGUUGGGUAUAUUGUACAAUGAUAUUUGUUCUUUUAAUGAUGAAGAUGUUCCUGGUGGUUACUGGAAUUUUCAUCUUUUGGAUAAUUAUUUAGAAGACAAUAAUCAUAAUUUUAAUAUAACUUGGCAAACAAGUCUUAAAAAAGCCAACUAUUGUGCUACAAUAUAUUUAUGUGAUGAUAUAAGAUAUAAAAAUAAUACCUUAUGGUCACCACUUCAUGAAUGUUUUUGGUAUAAAAGUUGUCAAAAUAUAAAUACAAUAGUUCACAAUAUUCCAGUCAAUAUUAUUUUUAUAACUUUAUUUACAAUUAUUGGAAUUAUGUACCUCAUCUAUAUUAUAUAUAUUUAUAAAGAUAUUAAAAAAAAGAUAAAAUGGGAAGAUAUUAAUAUAAACAGAGAUAUUGUAUUGCUCUAUACUAAAGGUCCUGAAUCAUUUAUGGCAUUAAUGACAGAUUUUCGAGAGACACUUAGUCAAGUUUGUCAAUGUAUUGUACAUGAUUGGCAUAAUGGUAUAGAAUGGAAUAAUGUAGCUAAGAUUGGUGCUUUUGAUUGGUUUGCAAAAAUGCUUCACAAUGAAUGUCAUGUUGUUUGGAUAGAUAUUCCAAUAUUACGUUCAUUAAUUACACAAAGUCUUAACAAAAAUAAUUCAGAACAAUAUAAUUUAAUAAAAAUUGGUGAUUUUCGUGACACAGUACUUCCCACAAUUUUUAAUUUAUCUAAACGGAAUAUUGAACAAUCAGCAAUAAAUCAAUCCAAACAUUUUAUUGUAAGAUUAAAAGAAUUUGAAAAUUUUGAAAAUGAUAAUGAUCCAUUUAUUGAUUUGUCUCCACAUAUACGAUAUGUUUUACCACAAGAUUUAAACUUACUGUGUUCCAAUUUAUCAAAAAUGGAUAAAUAGUUAUUUAAAUAUAACAAAUAAAAGACAAAAAUUUUAU